UGUUCUUUUCAUGAUGGCAACCUCUCUAAUGUUUGGCUCCUCCGCUUGUUGUUGUAUUACUCCGAUGGUUUUAGCUUCUGCUGCUUGUACAAGAACUGCUUGGGCUUAUCAUGAGGAAAUCAGUUUAUCUACGGUUAAUGGUAUGCACAGAUGUGUGUGCACCUAUAACUGAAAUUUAUAUUGAGCAAGGACUUUGUUAAUAAAUGUAGAAAAUAUUAAACUAAACAAUUACAAUUGCGAUGAUAAAUGUUUCUGAAAUUUGAAAAAAAAACGUAAAUUAUGAAUAAUGGUAUGAAUUAUGGUGGAUUAAUUGAUUAACUAAUAAAACCAUCAUAACCGGAGAAGCGACUAAAAUGAAAUCUUAUGGAAAAGUAAUUUUAGUUUUAGUGCUGAUAUGGAAGACAGAUGUGGUAAUUGGCGGAAAGUCCCAACCACAGGAUACAGUAUCAGUAUCGCUACCAGGCGAUAUAAUUCUGGGUGGUUUGUUUCCCGUGCAUGAGAAAGGCGAGGGUGCAUCGCCAUGCGGGCCCAAGGUCUACAAUAGAGGAGUGCAACGAUUGGAGGCUAUGCUCUACGCCAUUGACCGAGUUAAUAAUGAUUCAAAUUUGCUCCCUGGUAUCACGAUAGGCGUACAUAUUUUAGACACAUGUUCGCGCGACACUUAUGCUUUAAAUCAAUCUCUACAGUUCGUGCGCGCAUCGCUGAACAACUUGGAUACCUAUUUUGAAUGCUCCGAUGCUUCCAGUCCAUUGUUGAAGAAAAAUGCGUCUUCCGGACCAGUGUUUGGAGUCAUCGGCGGCUCUUACAGUUCUGUGUCUCUGCAAGUGGCAAAUCUUUUUCGACUCUUCCACAUACCACAAAUAUCACCAGCUUCCACAGCCAAAACACUUUCCGACAAAUCACGCUUUGAUCUGUUUGCCAGAACGGUGCCGCCAGAUACAUUUCAGUCCGUCGCGUUGGUCGAUAUUAUAAAGAACUUUAACUGGUCUUAUGUAUCCACAAUUCACUCGGAAGGCUCUUAUGGCGAAUACGGUAUUGAAGCGUUCCAUAAGGAAGCAAGCGAACGACAUGUGUGCAUUGCUGCUGCUGAGAAAGUACCCAGUGCAGCAGAUGAUAAGGUCUUUGAUGCAAUUAUUAGCAAACUACUAAAACCAAGUGCUAGAGGUGUUGUUCUUUUCACUCGUGCUGAGGACGCUCGACGCAUUCUACAAGCGGCGAAACGCGCAAAUUUAACGCAUCCGCUGCAUUGGAUAGCAAGCGACGGGUGGGGCAAACAGCAAAAGCUCCUUGAAGGAUUGGAGGACAUAGCGGAGGGUGCAAUAACGGUUGAGUUGCAAUCGGAGAUUAUUGAAGACUUUGAUCGUUAUAUGAUGCAAUUAACGCCACUUUCCAAUCAGCGUAAUCCUUGGUUCGCAGAAUACUGGGAAGAUACUUUUAACUGUGCUAUAAACAGCUCUGAAGAUAAUUCAACAAACCAUGAACGAAGAGUUAUUUGUGAUGAUAACUUAAGGUUAUCAGAAAAAGUUGGAUAUGAACAAGAAUCAAAAACACAGUUCGUUGUUGAUGCCGUCUACGCCUUUGCCCAUGCGCUUCAUCACUUACACACUGAUCUGUGCACGCUGAAUAAUGAAAAUGAAGGAGGUCAACAAAGUCAUGCACAUAGCGAGUCCGUAUGGUAUCGCAAGCCAGUAGUUGACAUCCAUUCACAGGCGUGUCCUGAUAUGGCCAGCUAUGAUGGCAAAGACUUUUACAAUAAUUACUUGUUAAACGUCUCAUUUGUUGAUCUGGCUGGCAGUGAAGUAAAAUUUGAUCGUCAAGGAGAUGGCUUGGCUAGGUAUGAUAUAUUAAAUUAUCAACGACUGGAUAAUUCUACUGGGUAUCAAUACAAGGUAAUUGGAAAAUGGUUCAACAACCUUGAGCUGAAUUUGGAGACCGUGGUCUGGAAUAAGGAACAGGAAAUGCCAACAUCAGCAUGCUCAUUACCUUGUAAAGCGGGAAUGAUUAAAAACAACAGGUUAGAUCGAAUCGAUUUAUCUGUCAUAUCCGGAAUAUGUUUUAAAAUAUAUAAUUUUUAUAUAAUCUUAGGGGAUACGUGCUGUUGGAUCUGUGACAGUUGUGAGCCAUACGAGUAUGUUUAUGAUGAGUUCACUUGCCGUGAUUGUGGUCCGGGCCUAUGGCCCUACCCCGAUAAAUUAUCAUGCUUUGCUCUAAGCAUACAGUACAUGAGCUGGAAUUCAUUGUUUGCAAUCGUUCCUAUGAUAGUUGCACUUAUUGGUAUUACGAUGACUGUAUUCGUUAUUGUGCUCUUCGCCAAAAACCACGAUACACCACUUGUGCGAGCGUCUGGCCGUGAACUAAGCUACACUCUAUUGUUUGGAAUUUUGGUGUGUUACUGCAAUACGCUGGCUCUGAUUGCAAAGCCAACAAGAUCAUGCGUAUUGCAAAGAUUCGGUAUCGGCGUCGGCUUCUCAAUUAUUUACAGCGCGCUCCUUACAAAAACUAAUCGCAUAUCGCGGAUCUUUCACUCUGCAUCAAAGUCGGCCCAACGACUUAAAUAUAUCUCACCCCAAUCUCAAGUUGUGAUAACCUCAUCAUUGAUCGCAAUACAAGUCUUAAUCACUAUGAUAUGGAUGAUUGUGGAACCGCCAGGAACGCGAUUUUAUUACCCAGAUCGAACGGAAGUGAUUCUUAAGUGCAACAUCCAGGAUAUGUCCUUCCUCUUCUCGCAGUUGUACAAUAUGAUACUAAUUACGAUUUGCACAGUAUAUGCUAUUAAGACAAGAAAAAUACCCGAGAAUUUCAACGAAUCGAAAUUCAUUGGCUUUACAAUGUAUACCACAUGUAUCAUAUGGCUAGCGUUUGUGCCAAUUUACUUUGGUACCGGGAACUCGUAUGAAAUUCAAAUUACAACAUUAUGCAUCUCAAUUAGCUUAAGUGCUUCAGUGGCGUUGAUCUGCCUUUAUUCGCCUAAAGUAUACAUAUUGGUCUUUCAUCCGGAUAAAAAUGUGCGAAAACUAACAAUGAAUAGCACAGUAUAUCGACGCUCUGCCACAACUGCAGGGGGUCAAGCAAUGCCAACAAGUUCGGGAUAUAGCCGCACGCCCCUCGGAACUGGAGUUGGUAUAUCUGCAAGCGCUAACGCUGCUACAAUAGCUGCGUCGUCAGGACGAGCUUCACAAAGUGGUAGUCAAAACAGCCCAAGUCCCGACAUAACACAUAAGCAAACAAUUAUUCAAAAUAAUGAGGAAGCAUGGAUUGAUUCACAAGCAACUCCAAAAUGUGAAUGAAAUUUCGAAAAUAUAAAGCACUUUUAAGCAACAUAAUCGAAAAAGUAAAUCAUACAUUUUUUUCAUAGCAUUAAACCAUAUCUAUUGCUCAGAUAUUUUUAUGACAAUUGUUUGAAUCAUUAGAAUUUUUCAAUCAGAUACACAUAAUUAUGCUGAGUGAUAAAAGUUGGAUAUAUGCAGUAAAACAAAAUCUUCCUAUGAAAUUAAUUCAGUCAUUUUAAAUGUAGGCUUAUCAAUUAUGGUCAACAUUUAUAUAAAUAUUACAAGAUCGGUCACCACAAAAAUCAAUUUGCUAUAUUUAUAAGUGGAACGGUCUGCCGACGAUUUUAAAGAAAUUGAUUAUGGAAAUUUAUUAUUGGUCUUGCCAGGCACUACAAUUUAAGGCUUUAAGAUUAGUUUAAUACAGCUUUACACAGUGACUCAGUUUCCGAAAACUUGUAGCGAAUUUCACAUAUUCCUAUAUUGGUAUUUAUAAAAGAACUAUUAAAAAUUAUAAUUUUAAAAUAUCGUUUUUUAUUUAUAAGAAAUAUUUUUUCAAUACUUCCGGUUUUAAGGGCCAGUUCCAAAGAUGUUAUUAAUAAUUUAUUAAUUUUAAAUUUACCAAUUUUAUUUUACAAAUACCUUGUUAAUUUGACUUGAACAAUUCCAGGCGUUUAACAAAAUAAAGAAUUAAUAAAUCACGUAUGAAAUUCAAUAUAUAAAUAUACAUAUUUACAUACUUUGCAGUUCCGGUAUUCCAAUAAAAUAUUUUUCGGUUCAAAACAAGUAAGAAACCUACAGUCGAUUGUGCUUGACUGUGAGAUACCCGCUACCCAUUGUGAAUAAAAGUAAAACCUCAUUGCAAUGAGUUUUUCCAUGUACAAAAGUAUUUCCUAAAUAACUUUUACAAUUUUAAUCUGAUCACAACCAAAUUUUCAGGAAUCUUAAAUACUAUAGUUAUUAUGAUAUGUACCAAAUAUCGUCUCUAGCUUAACACUUGUUAUUCGAUUUUUGACCUUUGCGGGGGCGCAAGUGGUCGUGACAAAAACUUGAAACAAACUCGUUCUACGUUCAAACAUAAAUGCUUUCGAAAAAGAAUAUAGAGUUGUCUCUUAUGGUCUGUGAUAUCCAAUGUUUCAUACGGACAGACAGACGGCUAUAACUAUAUUAUCUUGAUUGAUGAGGCUAAUCAAGAAUAUAA